GCGGAGGCGUGUUGUUUUUUCUUUUUUUUUCUUCUUUUUUUUUUCUUUCUUUCUUUUUUUAUGAUCCAAACGACGCCGUACCUAUAAAAAGAGCGAGAGUCGGGGCGUAAGAUAGUUUUCUCCCAUGGUUCCAGGUACCUAACACGGUCGUCUCACCCGGACGGACCGCAUCCCAUCGGCGGCAGCGGAAGCGGCGAGAUGCACCAGUCAGCCGGCGUCCAAACGGCGCGCACGCUGAAACACGCAGCGCUGUGCCUGAUGCUGCUGCCGCGCUUCCUGCUGGCAGCGCUCGUGCUGUGGCUCCUGGAUUUUCUGUGCAUCCGGAAGAAAGUGCUGCUGAAAAUAGGGGAGCAGGAGGGCAGCCCGGACGACCCGCCGGUGUGCGUCUCCGACUCCAACAAAAUGUUCACCUUGGAGUCCAUCCGGGCCGUGUGGUACGGCCAGAAAUUAGACUUUUUCAAAGCGGCGCACCUCGGCCAAGCUGCGCCCAACACCGAGGUGGUCCUGGUCCAGGAGCGGAGGAGGGUCCGGAUCCUGGACUGCAUGAAAGGGAAGAGACCGCUCAUCCUGAACUUUGGCAGCUGCUCCUGACCGCCGUUCAUGACGCGCCUAGCGGCGUUUCAGCGUGUGGUGAGCCAAUACGCAGACAUCGCGGACUCCGUGCUGGUGUACAUCGAGGAGGCGCAUCCGUCGGACGGCUGGGUGAGCUCGGACGCCCCGUACCAGAUCCCCAAACACCGCUGUCUGGAGGACCGGCUGAAAGCCGCGCAGCUGAUGCUGUCCGAGGUGCCCGGGAGCAACGUCGUGGUGGAUAAUAUGGACAACUCGUCUAACGCGGCGUACGGAGCCUACUUCGAAAGACUUUACAUUCUGAGGGAUGAAAGGAUAGUGUAUCAGGGGGGUCGGGGUCCAGAGGGAUACCGGAUUUCCGAGCUGAGAAACUGGCUCGAGCAAUACAGGGACGAUCUUGUGAAUUCAAAGACAGCGGUGCUCCAUGUCUAGUUUGAGAUGCUGAGCUGCCUGCUAUUAUGGCCCGUUAUGCUUAUGAAAUGUCCAGUGUUCAGAUGCUGCUAUCAACUGUUAACACAAAGGCACAUAAUGUUGUUUUUUUGUUUAGUUUUUGUUUUUUGUUUUUUUCAUAUGCAUUAUGUAUGAAGGACUGUCAAACAAGUACCAGUCUUGUCAAAGCCUGUUUGGCUGGGCUGUGAAAUUGUGCUCAUCUUGUCCUUGCACAUGCAUAUGUGAUCUACAUCUUUUUUAUAUGGAGAAGUCUCAAAUCGUCUGAAACGGUGCAAAAUUCCACUUUUAAGAUUCAAUUUGUGAUCACUUUAUUUUUAUACAGUAUUCCGUAUGUGUGUGUGCGCGUGUGUGUGCAUGUGUGCGUGUGCACAUGCGUGUGUGUGCAUGUGUGCUUUGCUCAGCUAUAUUUGUGAGGAGCAAUUUGAGAUUUUAACUAUAAGAGCAGAGGACGCCUUCGCAAAGCGAGGACAUUUUGGCAGGCCCGCACUUUUUUAAGGGUCUAUUUUGGCGUUAGGGUCUGGGUUUACAGUUAAAAUUGGAAUUAGGAUUAGUUUAAGGCUAGGGUUCGGCAUCUAAUAGGAUUAGGGAAUAAGGGUCCUCACAAAUAUAGAAAAAACAAACACGUGUGCAUAUGUGCGUGUGUGUCUGCGUGUGUCUAAGCUAAUACCUUACUCCGGUGUUUUUGUGAAGUUCGGUUUUUAAAAGGUUAACCCAGAAAACCGAUACUGAUGUUUUUCACACUAGAGUAGGACUCUAUUAGCAAGAGGCUUUCCGUAAUGAUCAACUGCCAAACGUCCUGUAAAAGAUGUAUACUUCGUGGAACAAAUGUUUUUAAUAAAUGUCAGAGCACACAUCAA